GAUGCAUGCAUACUGGUUCCUGUUGACGCAUAUGGAGGAACCUCUUAAUGACAUUGCCAUAUUGGAGCGAGGCAACCUUAUUUUCGGCAGAUACAACCUCCUACCGCUGCUUAGUAUCUUCGCGACAUCCCUAUGCCCAUAAAUCGUCAUUGUUCAAACAAGUAUAUAUGUUGCCUAUCGUCCUCCAAUGCUGCGUUCAGCCACAGUAUCUCAUACAGGAAGACUUUAGUAUACCUGCAGUCUACCUGAGGUUUGUCCUCCAAUUUCAAGCACUGGUCACGGAAGGUGGGAUAACCCGAUUGGAUCUGGCAGGACAGAUGUUCAGUAUCAUGCUUUGGAACUCCUUUGCGCGAUUCUCGGCCUCUCGCUUUCUGAAAACUGGUCAGGGACUGUGGAAAGCUCUCUUGACAGCCACACGGCCGGAUGACGAGACUUAUUCAGCUUUCAGCAAGAAGUCGUUCGACCGCAGUGAUGAAUCAUCACCAAGAACUAAAGGAUCCUAGUAACCUGUAUCAAAGGCCUUUCCUUCUGAUUCUUAGAUAAUCCCAGAAUUUCAG